AUGCUCCGCUGGGAGAAACUUAACGACGAAGGUUUCGCCACUGUGGGGAACAUUGCCAACUUGAGGCUGAGCAACGUGCAGACGCGGGAACGUUCGUCGCUGCAGCAGGAAUGCUGCAAACUGGAAGACAUCGUCCACAAAAUGGAGGCCAUCGUGGCCAAGAUGCGGCGUCUGAUGGCGUCACAGCGAGGUCUUCUGGAGCUGGAGGAUUUUCAAUUUGGACCCGAAGGCAGGAAGGUUCCCCUGUUCCUCAGCUGGAGCACCAAACAGUUUGACGUGCCGUGCAGCAUCCUAUCGGACGCCUUCACCCGGGAGCUACGUCUCAAGCGGACCAUCCUGCAGGAGACGGCUCACAGCCCGACCUCGGACCUGAGCAUGGUGUACGUGUCCUGUUGGCUGCACCAGCCAUUCAUGACCACGCAGGUCAGAUUGGCGCUGGAGGCCAUGUUGCUGGAGACGGGCCACCGCCCUCUUUGA